AUGUCUUCCGACGAGAAACCAAUGUCUGAACUCCCCAUACACAUCGAAAAGGGAGCAAAGCUAGAACCCGACUCCGUCGAGGUGACGGAUCAGGGAAAUCUUGCAAUUGAAAAGGCCUUGAAUCGGAAGUAUGAUUUCCGUAUUCUACCAUGCCUGUUCUUGCUCUACUUUUUCUCCUUUAUGGACAGAGCCAGUAUCGGGAAUGCGAGCAUUGCCGGCUUAAAUGUCGACCUCAAACUCCGAGGCCAGAGCUACAGCGUGGCUCUGGCUCUGUUUUUCGUCUGUUACAUGAUCGUCGACAUCCCCGCCGGAUUGUUAUUCAAAAUCAUCGGACCUCGGGCCUUUCUCUGCAUCAGCAUCUUCUGUUUCGGCACCUGCACCAUCUGCCUCGGAUUUGUCAAGAACGCGAGCCAACUGUACGCGAUUCGGUGCCUGCUCGGUCUCUUCGAGGGUGGCUUGACACCGUGCAUCAGCAUCUACAUGGGCAUGUUCUACUCGCCCACCAAUAUACAACGACGUCUGGCUUUCUACUACUGUGCCGCACCUCUCAGUGGCGCAGUCGGUGGUCUCCUCGCGUCUGGUCUCGGAAAGAUCAACGUUGGAUCAUACAGAGCCUGGCCCUGGAUCUUCUUCGUCGAGGGAACAAUCUCCAUCCUCGUAGGAGCCCUCUGCUUUUUCAUCCUCCCAAACAUGCCCGGCCAAUCGCGAUUUUUGACAGAAGAGGAACGCGAAGUGGCGAGAGUCAGGUCGGGAAAAAUCAGCAACACGGUCGACGUCAAUCAUGAAAAAGAGAAGUUCUCCUGGAAAGCUGUCAAGCAAGGCUUUCAGGAUUGGAACGCCGUCCUUCUUGCCAUCAUCAGCGUCGGAACCUACUGCAACGUCUACGCUUACAGCCUCUUUUCCCCUGCCAUCAUUAAGGGUUUUGGCUACAGCACGAUUCGAUCUCAGCUCCUGAGCGUACCCCCAUACGUCUUUGGGGCCAUUUGCGUCUUCGCUACAUCGUUCGCGUCGGAUCACCUCCGCGUCCGAGGUCCUUUUGUGAUGGGACCCUGUUGCGUUGAGGUCAUCGGCUGGAUCAUUCAGAUGACAUGCAACGGUGUCGGGGUGAGAUACUUUGGCCUUUUCUUGAUCGCCGGUUCCAUAUACCCUGCCAUCAACUCGACCAGCUCAUGGCUGAUUGGUAAUCUGCAACCACACUAUGUUCGCGCGACCGGGAUCUCCUUUGCCGUGGCCAUGGGGACAAUCGGUGGGAUUAUUUCUACUUUCACUUACGCGAACGCGAAGGGCGACGUCGCGAACGGGGUGGAAUUGGCCAUGGCCGUCCUAGUAAUUGCCCUGACGGGUCUGCUGAUGUGGAUAAACCGUGCAGAAAACAAGUUGAGAGCUCGCGGCGGACGAGACUAUCGGCUCAAUCAGGGGCAGAGUGCAGAACAGCUGGGAUCACGCCAUCCAGCUUAUGUUCUCUCUCUGUGA